CUACAUAAACAGCUUGGAGUUACUUUCCCUUCAAGGAGAUCGAAAUAAUUGUGAUUUGUAGGGCUCUCAGUACGCGGUGGUAUUUUGCUGUUGUGUUAAAUGCCUCUUCCUAAGUAAUACAUGUGAUUUAUGUGAACGACGAAGGGAUGUGCGGUGGAUUCGGUGAUUAAUCAGUGAAUUCCCAUCCGCUGGCACCUCUCGCUGCCCCUCUGCGUGAUGUAAGAUCAGACGUACCCUGCAUUGAAAAGUCAAGACACACGAGCGGCUCGCCGGCGCUCGCACACGCUCUCUCCCCACGCGCGCAUCCGUACACCUUCCACAUCCUGCUCCGGGCAGGAGAAGGCGGACUGGCUGGGCUCAUCGAGCUGAAGAAUUUCCAGUGACAUUUGUAAAUGACGCUGCUGGAUUCGGAGCUCCGAGCCGCCGCCGCCGCCGCCGCCGCCGGGCAGAGGGUGCCGCCGAGCAGUCUCCAGCGCAGGCUUCCUUACCGGGCGACCACCAUGUCCGAGUUUCUCCUGGCCUUCCUCACUCUCUCGGGAUUACUGCCUAUCGCCAAGGUGCUGACCGUGGGAGCAGACCGAGAUCAGCAGUUGUGUGAUCCUGGUGAAUUUCUUUGCCACGAUCAUGUGACUUGUAUCUCCCAGAGCUGGCUGUGUGAUGGGGACCCUGACUGCCCUGAUGAUUCAGACGAGUCUUUAGAUGCCUGUCCUGAGGAGGUAGAAAUCAAGUGCCCCUUGAAUCACAUUGCUUGCCUUGGUGCCAACACAUGUAUUCAUUUAUCUCAACUGUGCAAUGGUAUCGCGGACUGCUCAGACGGGGAUGAUGAAGGACGGCACUGCCAGGAACUGUUACCCAAUUGUCAACAACUGAAUUGUCAGUAUAAAUGUGCAAUGAUCAAAAAUAGUACAAGAUGUUACUGUGAGGAUGGAUUUGAAGUCAAAGAAGAUGGAAGAAGCUGUAAAGAUCAAGAUGAGUGUGCUAUUUAUGGUACCUGCAGCCAGACCUGCAUAAAUACAUACGGAUCCUAUGCUUGCAGUUGCGUGGAGGGCUACAUAAUGCAGCCUGAUAACAGAUCUUGCAAAGCCAAACAUGAACCGACAGAUAGGCCGCCUAUGCUGUUAAUUGCAAAUUCUGAAACAAUCGAGGUUUUCUAUCUUAAUGGAAGCAAAAUGGCAACCCUGAGCUCAGUCAAUGGAAAUGAAAUUCAUACUCUGGAUUUUAUUUACAAUGAAGAUAUGAUUUGUUGGAUUGAAUCAAGAGAAUCUUCAAAUCGGCUCAAAUGUAUCCAGAUAACAAAAACAGGAAGAUUAACAGAUGAAUGGACAAUCAAUAUUCUUCAUUCCUUCCACAAUGUGCAACAAAUGGCGAUUGAUUGGCUCACCAGGAAUCUCUAUUUUGUGGACCAUGUCAGUGACCGGAUCUUUGUUUGUAAUUACAACGGGUCAGUAUGUGUCACCCUGAUUGAUCUGGAGCUUCAUAAUCCUAAGGCGAUAGCAGUAGACCCAAUAGCAGGAAAACUUUUCUUUACUGACUAUGGGAAUGUGGCCAAAGUAGAGCGAUGUGACAUGGAUGGGAUGAACAGAACAAGGGUGAUCGAUUCAGACACAGAGCAGCCGGCCGCACUGGCACUAGACCUCGUCAACAAAUUGGUUUACUGGGUCGAUCUUUACUUGGACUGUGUGGAAGUAGUGGACUAUCAAGGAAAAAACAGACAUACUAUCAUUCAAGGAAGACAAGUCAGACAUCUUUAUGGUAUAACUGUGUUUGAAGACUUUUUGUAUGCAACCAAUUCUGAUGUCAAUAUCAUAAGGAUAAACCGAUUUAAUGGCAGUGAAAUUCACUCAUUAAUUAAAAUGGAAGAUGCUCGUGGAAUUCGAAUCUAUCAAAAAAGAGCUCAGCCAACAGUCAGAAGCCAGGCAUGUGAAGUGGAUCCAUAUGGAAUGCCAGGGGGAUGUUCACACAUAUGUCUGCUCUGCAGCAGUUACAAAACACGGACCUGUCGCUGCAGGACUGGCUUCAACUUGGGAAGUGAUGGCAAGUCGUGCAAAAGACCAAAGAAUGAAUUGUUCCUCUUUUAUGGGAAAGGACGCCCAGGAAUUGUUAGAGGAAUGGAUUUGAAUACCAAGAUAGCUGAUGAAUACAUGAUCCCCAUUGAAAAUCUGGUAAACCCUCGUGCUUUAGAUUUUCAUGCAGAAACCAAUUAUAUCUACUUUGCUGAUACCACCAGUUUCCUAAUUGGCCGGCAGAAGAUAGAUGGCACAGAGCGAGAAACCAUUCUGAAAGAUGAUCUAGAUAAUGUGGAGGGCAUUGCUGUGGACUGGAUUGGAAAUAACCUUUACUGGACAAACGAUGGCCAUAGGAAGACCAUUAAUGUGGCCAGGCUGGAAAAGGCUUCUCAGAGUCGGAAGACUCUUUUAGAGGGAGAAAUGUCCCAUCCCAGAGGGAUUGUGGUGGAUCCUGUUAAUGGUUGGAUGUAUUGGACAGACUGGGAGGAAGAUGAAAUAGAUGACAGCGUGGGAAGGAUCGAGAAGGCCUGGAUGGAUGGCUUCAAUCGGCAGAUUUUUGUGACUUCAAAGAUGCUGUGGCCAAACGGUUUAACUCUCGACUUUCACACCAACACAUUAUACUGGUGUGAUGCCUAUUAUGAUCAUAUUGAAAAAGUGUUUUUGAAUGGAACUCACAGGAAGAUUGUUUACAGUGGGAAAGAGUUGAACCAUCCUUUUGGACUGUCACAUCAUGGGAAUUUUGUAUUCUGGACUGAUUAUAUGAAUGGUUCCAUUUUUCAACUAGAUUUGAUAACAAAUGAGGUGACAUUACUAAGGCGUGAAAGACCACCCCUGUUUGGGCUUCAAAUUUAUGAUCCGCGAAAACAACAAGGUGACAAUAUGUGCCGAGUAAAUAAUGGAGGCUGUAGUACAUUGUGCUUGGCCAUUCCAGGAGGCCGAGUAUGUGCUUGUGCAGAUAAUCAACUUUUAGAGGAAAAUGGAACAACUUGCAUAUUCAAUCCUGGAGAAGUAUUACCUCACAUAUGUAAAGCUGGAGAAUUUCGAUGCAAAAACAGACGCUGCAUCCAAGCUCGGUGGAAAUGUGAUGGUGAUGACGACUGCCUAGAUGGGAGUGACGAAGACUCAGCCAAUUGCUUCAAUCACAGCUGUUCUGAUGAUCAGUUUAAAUGCCAGAAUAAUCGCUGUAUCCCCAAGAGAUGGCUUUGUGAUGGAACUAAUGACUGUGGGAGUAAUGAAGAUGAAUCCAAUCAGACUUGCACAGCCAAAACAUGCCAGGUGGACCAGUUUUCCUGUGGAAACGGGCGCUGCAUUCCCAGAGCGUGGCUAUGUGACCGGGAAGAGGACUGUGGUGACCAGACUGAUGAGAUGGCAUCUUGCGAAUUCCCAACUUGUGAGCCACUAACCCAAUUUAUAUGCAAAAGUGGAAGAUGCAUUAGCAGCAAAUGGCACUGUGAUUCUGAUGACGACUGUGGGGACGGGAGUGAUGAGGUCGGCUGUGCUCACUCCUGCUCUGACCAUCAGUUCAGAUGCUCCAGUGGCAGAUGUAUCCCGGGCCAUUGGGCCUGCGACGGUGACAAUGAUUGUGGAGACUUCAGUGAUGAAACCCAAAUCAAUUGUACCAAAGAAGAGAUCCGUUCUCCUGCUGGUUGUAAUGGGGAUGAAUUUCGAUGCCAUCCUGAUGGAAAUUGCAUUCCUGGUCUGUGGCGCUGUGAUGGGGAAAAAGAUUGUGAAGAUGGUAGUGAUGAAAAAGGCUGUGAUGGUACCUUACGAUUGUGUGAUCACAAGACCAAAUUUUCCUGUCGGAGCACAGGGAGAUGCAUCAACAAAGCCUGGGUUUGUGAUGGAGAUAUUGACUGUGAAGAUCAAUCCGAUGAAGAUGACUGUGACAGUUUCUUGUGUGGACCACCCAAGUACCCUUGUGCUAAUGACACUUCAGCUUGCCUGCAGCCAGAGAAACUCUGCAAUGGGAGGAGGGAUUGUCCUGAUGGAUCUGAUGAAGGCGAUCUUUGCGAUGAAUGUUCAUUGAACAAUGGAGGCUGUAGCAACCACUGUUCUGUUGUUCCUGGAAGAGGAAUUGUCUGUUCCUGCCCUGAAGGACUUCAACUCAACAAAGACAAUAAAACGUGUGAAAUUAUUGAUUAUUGCAGCAGUCAUCUAAAGUGCAGUCAAGUGUGUGAGCAGCACAAGCACGUGGUCAAGUGCUCUUGUUAUGAAGGGUGGAGGCUGGAUGUGGAUGGUGAAAGCUGCACCAGCGUUGAUCCUUUUGAAGCAUUCAUCAUCUUUUCUAUUCGCCAUGAGAUCAGAAGGAUUGAUCUUCACAGAAGAGAUUAUAGUCUACUUGUUCCUGGAUUGAGAAACACAAUAGCACUUGAUUUUCACUUCAAUCAAAGUUUACUUUAUUGGACAGAUGUUGUAGAAGACAGAAUAUACCGGGGCAAGCUUUCUGAAAGUGGAGGUGUCAGUGCAGUAGAAGUGGUUGUGGAGCAUGGCCUGGCUACCCCAGAAGGACUGACAGUUGACUGGAUAGCAGGCAACAUAUACUGGAUAGACAGCAAUCUGGACCAAAUUGAAGUGGCCAAACUGGAUGGUUCAUUAAGAACCACACUAAUAGCAGGAGCCAUGGAACACCCCAGGGCCAUUGCUUUGGACCCAAGAUAUGGAAUUCUUUUCUGGACAGAUUGGGAUGCCAAUUUUCCUCGCAUUGAAUCUGCCUCUAUGAGUGGUGCUGGGAGAAAAACUAUCUACAAAGACAUGAAAACUGGGGCUUGGCCUAAUGGAUUAACUGUGGACCACUUUGAAAAAAGGAUAGUUUGGACAGAUGCCAGGUCAGAUGCUAUUUAUUCAGCCUUCUAUGAUGGAACAGCCAUGUUAGAAAUCAUCCGAGGUCAUGAAUACCUUUCUCAUCCCUUUGCUGUGUCUCUGUAUGGGAGUGAGGUCUACUGGACAGACUGGAGGACCAACACACUGUCAAAAGCCAAUAAGUGGACAGGACAGAAUGUCAGUGUGAUUCAGAAAACCAGUGCACAGCCAUUUGACCUUCAAAUAUACCAUCCCAGUCGUCAGCCACACGCUCCCAAUCCCUGUGCAGCCAGCGAGGGCAGAGGCCCCUGCUCUCACAUGUGCCUGAUUCAUCAUGAUAGGAGUGCUGCCUGUGCGUGCCCCCAUUUGAUGAAGCUUUCCUCAGACAAGAAGACCUGCUAUGAAAUGAAAAAAUUUCUUCUUUAUGCAAGGCGUUCUGAAAUCAGAGGAGUGGAUAUUGAUAAUCCAUAUUUUAACUUUAUCACGGCUUUUACAGUCCCCGAUAUUGAUGAUGUCACUGUAAUAGACUUCGAUGCAUCUGAAGAACGUCUAUACUGGACAGAUAUUAAGACACAAACCAUUAAACGGGCUUUUAUUAAUGGAACUGGGUUAGAAACUGUUAUUUCAAGAGAUAUUCAGAGUAUCAGAGGGCUAGCUGUGGAUUGGGUCUCCCGUAAUUUAUACUGGAUUAGCUCUGAAUUUGAUGAAACACAAAUUAAUGUGGCACGCCUAGAUGGCUCUUUGAAGACCUCAAUUAUCCAUGGAAUUGAUAAGCCACAGUGUCUUGCAGCUCACCCAGUCAGGGGGAAACUCUACUGGACAGAUGGAAACACAAUUAACAUGGCAAACAUGGAUGGCAGUAAUAGCAAGAUUCUCUUUCAAAAUCAAAAAGAACCAGUUGGUCUAUCAAUAGACUAUGUGGACAACAAGCUUUAUUGGAUCAGUUCAGGAAAUGGAACCAUAAAUAGAUGCAACCUGGAUGGUGGUAAUUUAGAAGUAAUAGAAUCAAUGAAAGAAGAAUUAACAAAAGCUACAGCCCUAACCAUCAUGGACAAGAAGCUGUGGUGGGCAGACCAAAACUUAGCUCAGCUGGGGACCUGCAGCAAAAGAGAUGGAAGAAACCCCACUGUCCUACGAAAUAAGACUUCUGGAGUUGUUCAUAUGAAAGUGUAUGAUAAAGAAGCACAGCAAGGCAGCAAUUCCUGUCAACUAAAUAAUGGUGGAUGCUCUCAGCUUUGUUUACCAACAUCCGAAACUACAAGGACUUGCAUGUGUACAGUGGGGUAUUAUCUCCAAAAAAACCGCAUGUCGUGUCAAGGUAUAGAGUCAUUUCUUAUGUACUCUGUUAAUGAAGGAGUCAGGGGAAUACCUCUGGAGCCAAGCGACAAAAUGGAUGCUUUGAUGCCUAUAUCAGGAACUUCAUUUGCUGUGGGAAUAGAUUUCCAUGCAGAAAAUGAUACCAUCUACUGGACAGACAUGGGCUUCAAUAAAAUUAGCCGAGCUAAAAGAGAUCAGACCUGGAAAGAAGAUAUCAUUCCCAAUGGCUUGGGAAGAGUGGAGGGGAUAGCUGUUGACUGGAUUGCCGGUAACAUAUAUUGGACAGAUCAUGGUUUCAACUUAAUUGAAGUUGCGAGACUCAAUGGCUCUUUCCGUUAUGUGAUUAUUUCCCAAGGCCUGGAUCAACCAAGAUCUAUAGCUGUGCACCCAGAGAAAGGCUAUUUGUUCUGGACUGAAUGGGGACAGAUGCCCUGCAUUGGGAAGGCUCGCUUAGAUGGCUCAGAGAAGGUUGUCCUUGUAAGCAUGGGAGUAGCAUGGCCGAAUGGUAUCUCCAUCGACUAUGAGGAAAAUACAUUGUACUGGUGUGAUGCUCGAACAGACAGGAUAGAAAGAAUCGACCUUGAGACAGGAGGAAAUCGUGAGAUGGUGCUGUCAGGGGGCAAUGUGGAUAUGUUUUCAGUUUCAGUCUUUGGGGCUUACAUCUACUGGUCUGACAGAGCACAUGCCAACGGAUCCAUCAGAAGAGGCCCCAAGAAUGAUGCCACAGAAACCGUAACCAUGAGAACAGGUCUUGGAGUCAACCUGAAGGAGGUUAAAAUCUUUAACCGAGUAAGAGAGAAAGGGACCAAUGUUUGUGCCAAGGACAAUGGUGGAUGUCAGCAACUCUGUCUUUACCGGGGAAAUUCCCGGAGAACUUGCACUUGUGCCCAUGGAUAUUUGGCAGAGGAUGGAGUUACUUGCCUAAGGCAUGAAGGCUAUUUGCUAUAUUCCGGGAGAACAAUAUUAAAAAGUAUACAUCUUUCUGAUGAAAACAAUUUAAAUUCACCAAUAAGGCCAUAUGAGAAUCCACAUUAUUUCAAGAAUGUCAUAGCCUUGGCUUUUGAUUAUAACCAAAGAAGAAAAGGCACCAACCGGAUCUUUUAUAGCGAUGCACACUUUGGAAACAUACAGCUUAUUAAAGAUAACUGGGAAGACAGACAAAUAAUUGUUGAAAAUGUGGGUUCUGUUGAAGGACUUGCCUAUCACAGAGCCUGGGAUACAUUGUAUUGGACCAGCUCCACUACCUCCUCCAUCACCAGACACACAGUGGACCAGACUCGGCCCGGAGCAUUCGACAGAGAAGCAGUCAUUACCAUGUCAGAGGAUGACCACCCACACGUGCUCGCCCUGGAUGAGUGCCAAAACUUAAUGUUUUGGACCAACUGGAAUGAACAGCAUCCAAGUAUCAUGAGAUCUACCUUGACUGGGAAAAACGCUCAAGUGGUGGUCAGUACAGACAUACUCACUCCAAAUGGACUCACCAUUGACCACCAUGCAGAGAAGCUCUACUUCUCAGAUGGCAGCCUAGGAAAAAUUGAAAGGUGUGAAUAUGAUGGAUCCCAGAGACAUGUGAUUGUCAAAUCUGGGCCAGGAACUUUCCUGAGUUUGGCUGUUUAUGACAAUUAUAUCUUCUGGUCAGACUGGGGAAGGAGAGCUAUUCUGCGUUCCAACAAGUACACAGGAGGAGAUACAAAAAUUCUUCGUUCUGAUAUUCCACAUCAACCAAUGGGAAUCAUAGCUGUUGCCAAUGACACCAAUAGCUGUGAACUUUCUCCAUGUGCAUUAUUGAAUGGAGGUUGCCAUGACCUGUGCCUUUUAACUCCUAAUGGGAGAGUGAAUUGUUCCUGCAGAGGGGAUCGAGUAUUGCUAGAUAACAACAGAUGUGUGACUAAAAAUUCCUCCUGUAACAUUUAUUCAGAGUUUGAGUGUGGGAACGGCGAGUGUAUUGACUACCAGCUCACCUGCGAUGGCAUUCCUCACUGUAAGGACAAGUCAGACGAGAAACUGCUCUACUGCGAAAACAGAAGCUGUCGGAGAGGUUUCAAGCCCUGCUACAAUCGUCGCUGCAUUCCUUAUGGAAAGUUAUGUGAUGGUGAGAACAACUGUGGCGACAACUCUGAUGAGUUAGACUGUGAAGUUUCAACCUGUUCUGCUGUGGAGUUCCGUUGUGCAGAUGGAACUUGCAUUCCAAGAUCAGCACGAUGCAACCAGAACAUAGAUUGUGCAGAUGCUUCUGAUGAGAAAAGCUGCAAUAAUACAGACUGUACACAUUUCUAUAAACUUGGAGUGAAAACCACAGGGUUCAUAAGAUGUAAUUCUACUUCACUGUGUAUUUUGCCAACCUGGAUAUGCGAUGGGUCUAACGACUGUGGAGACUAUUCAGAUGAAUUAAAAUGCCCAGUUCAAAACAAACACAAAUGUGAAGAAAAUUAUUUUGGUUGUCCUAGUGGAAGAUGCAUUUUGAAUACAUGGAUAUGUGAUGGUCAGAAAGAUUGUGAGGAUGGACUUGAUGAAGUCCACUGUGAUUCUUCUUGUUCUUGGAAUCAAUUUGCUUGUUCUGCACAAAAAUGUAUAUCUAAGCAUUGGAUUUGUGAUGGAGAAGAUGACUGUGGAGAUGGGUUAGAUGAAAGUGAUAGCAUUUGUGAUUCUUCUUGUUCUUGGAAUCAAUUUGCUUGUUCUGCACAAAAAUGUAUAUCUAAGCAUUGGAUUUGUGAUGGAGAAGAUGACUGUGGAGAUGGGUUAGAUGAAAGUGAUAGCAUUUGUGGAUAUCGAGAGUGUAAUGCAGAAGAAUUUAGUUGUGCUGAUGGACGAUGUCUUUUAAAUGCUCAGUGGCAGUGUGAUGGAGACUUCGAUUGCCUUGACCAUUCUGACGAAGCACCUUUAAACCCUAGGUGCAAAAGUGCAGAACAGUCAUGCAACAGUUCAUUUUUUAUGUGCAAAAACGGCAGGUGCAUUCCCAGUGGAGGUCUUUGUGACAAUAAGGAUGACUGUGGUGAUGGCUCAGAUGAGAGAAACUGCCAUAUAAAUGAGUGUUUGAGUAAGAAAGUCAGUGGAUGUUCACAAGAUUGUCAGGACCUUCCAGUGAGCUACAAGUGCAAAUGCUGGCCUGGAUUCCAACUGAAGGAUGAUGCUAAAACAUGUGUAGACAUUGAUGAGUGCUCUUCAGGCUUUCCAUGUAGCCAGCAAUGCAUCAAUACCUAUGGGACUUACAAGUGCCUCUGUACAGAUGGGUAUGAAAUACACCCUGAUAACCCAAAUGGCUGCACAUCACUCUCAGAUGAAGAACCUUUUCUAAUUCUUGCUGAUCACCAUGAAAUAAGGAAAAUUAGCACCGAUGGCUCCAACUAUACACUUUUAAAACAGGGAUUAAACAAUGUUAUUGCUAUAGACUUUGAUUACAGAGAAGAAUUUAUCUAUUGGAUUGAUUCUAGCCGCCCCAAUGGCAGCCGCAUAAAUAGAAUGUGUUUAAAUGGAAGUGAUAUUAAGGUAGUGCAUAAUACAGCUGUCCCCAAUGCACUUGCUGUGGAUUGGAUUGGAAAGAACCUCUACUGGUCUGACACAGAAAAAAGGAUUAUUGAAGUAUCCAAACUCAAUGGGUUAUACCCUACUAUCCUCGUUAGCAAAAGGCUGAAGUUUCCCAGGGACCUGUCUUUAGAUCCUCGAGCGGGGUAUUUGUAUUGGAUUGACUGCUGUGAGUCUCCUCACAUUGGCCGCGUUGGAAUGGAUGGAACCAAUCAGAGUGUUGUCAUAGAAACCAUGAUUUCCAGACCCAUGGCGCUAACAAUAGAUUAUGUCAAUCAUAGACUUUACUGGGCUGAUGAAAAUCACAUUGAAUUCAGCAACAUGGAUGGAUCUCAUAGACACAAAGUCCCUAAUCAAGAUAUUCCAGGGGUGAUUGCACUAACAUUGUUUGAAGACUACAUCUACUGGACUGAUGGGAAAACCAAGUCACUCAGCCGUGCCCAUAAAACCUCGGGAGCAGACAGACAAUCACUGAUUAACUCAUGGCAUGCCAUCACAGAUAUCCAGGUGUAUCAUUCUUAUAGACAACCUGAUGUCUUUAAGCAUAUUUGUACAAUAAAUAAUGGAGGUUGCAGUCACCUGUGCCUUUUAGCCCCUGGAAGGACUCACACCUGUGCAUGCCCCACCAACUUCUAUCUUGCAGCUGAUAACAGGACCUGCUUAUCCAACUGCACAGCCAGUCAGUUUCGUUGCAAAACUGAUAAAUGUAUUCCAUUCUGGUGGAAAUGUGACACUGUGGAUGACUGUGGCGACGGAUCUGAUGAACCUGAUGACUGUCCUGAAUUUAAAUGUCAGCCAGGCCGAUUUCAGUGUGGAACUGGACUCUGUGCUCUGCCUGCUUUCAUCUGUGAUGGAGAGAAUGACUGUGGAGACAAUUCUGAUGAACUCAACUGUGACACACAUGUCUGCCUCUCAGGUCAGUUCAAGUGUACCAAGAACCAGAAAUGUAUCCCAGUGAACCUCAGAUGUAAUGGACAAGAUGACUGUGGGGAUGAGGAAGAUGAAAGGGACUGUCCUGAAAACAGCUGUUCUCCAGACUAUUUCCAAUGUAAAACUACCAAACAUUGCAUUUCCAAGCUGUGGGUUUGCGAUGAGGAUCCAGACUGUGCAGAUGCAUCCGAUGAAGCCAGCUGCGAGAAAAAGACUUGUGGGCCUCAUGAAUUCCAGUGUAAAAACAACAACUGUAUUCCAGAUCACUGGAGGUGUGACAGCCAAAAUGACUGCAGUGACAAUUCAGAUGAAGAAAACUGUAAGCCACAGACAUGUACAUUGAAAGAUUUUCUCUGUGCCAAUGGGGACUGUGUUCCUUCAAGGUUUUGGUGUGAUGGAGAUUUUGACUGUGCAGAUGGCUCUGAUGAGAGAAAUUGUGAAACAAGUUGUUCCAAAGAUCAGUUUCAGUGUUCCAAUGGUCAGUGUAUACCCUCAAAAUGGACAUGCGACAGCCACGAAGAUUGUAAAUAUGGAGACGAUGAGAAAAACUGUGAGCCAGCUUCUCCUACUUGCUCAUCAAGUGAAUAUAUAUGUGCCAGCAGAGGAUGUAUUCCAGCAUCUUUGAAAUGUAAUGGAGAAUAUGAUUGCUCUGAUGGUUCAGAUGAGAUGGACUGUGUGAAUGAAUGCAAGGAGGCUCAGUUUCGGUGCAGAAAUAAAGCCCACUGUAUUCCAAUUAGAUGGAUUUGUGAUGGAAUUCAUGACUGUGUGGACGGCAGUGAUGAAGAGAACUGUGACCGGGGAGGAAAUAUAUGUAGAGCAGAUGAGUUCCUUUGCAAUAAUUCCCUUUGCAAACUGCAUUUCUGGGUAUGUGAUGGAGAAGACGACUGUGGAGACAACUCUGAUGAAGCCCCUGAUAUGUGUGUUACAUUUCUUUGCCCACCCACAAGACCUCACAGAUGCAGAAAUAAUAGAAUAUGCCUGCAGCCUGAGCAAAUGUGCAAUGGGAUUGAUGACUGUGGGGACAACUCGGAUGAAGACCCCUGUGGUGGUAAGCUUACAUAUAAAGCAAGACCUUGUAAAAAAGAUGAGUUUGCUUGCAGUAAUAAAAAAUGUAUCCCCAUGGACCUCCAGUGCGAUCAACUUGAUGACUGUGGAGAUGGUUCAGAUGAACAAGGCUGCAAAAUAACUUCUGCUGAAUAUACCUGUGAAGAUAAUGUGAAUCCAUGUGGAGAUGAUGCAUAUUGUAAUCAAAUAAAAACAUCUGUUUUCUGUCGCUGUAAGCCUGGAUUUCAGAGAAACAUGAAAAGCAGACAGUGUGAAGACCUUAAUGAAUGUUUGGUAUUUGGCACAUGCUCACACCAAUGUAUAAAUAUGGAAGGAUCAUAUAAAUGUGUAUGUGACCAAAAUUUUCAAGAACGAAACAACACCUGCAUAGCAAAAGGCUCUGAAGAUCAAGUUCUCUACAUUGCUAAUGACACUGAUAUCCUGGGUUUUAUAUAUCCAUUCAACUACAGUGGUGAUCAUCAACAAAUUUCUCAUAUUGAGCAUAAUUCAAGGAUAACAGGGAUGGAUGUAUAUUAUCAAAGAGAUAUGAUUAUUUGGAGUACUCAAUUUAAUCCAGGCGGAAUUUUCUACAAAAGGAUCCAUGGCAGAGAAAAAAGGCAAGCAAACAGUGGCUUGAUUUGCCCUGAAUUUAAAAGACCCAGGGACAUUGCGGUUGAUUGGGUUGCUGGAAAUAUUUACUGGACUGAUCACUCUAGGAUGCACUGGUUCAGUUACUACACCACUCACUGGACCAGUCUGAGGUAUUCUGUCAAUGUAGGGCAACUGAACGGCCCCAACUGCACCAGACUCUUAACAAAUAUGGCUGGAGAGCCUUACGCUAUUGCUGUAAACCCUAAAAGAGGGAUGAUGUACUGGACUGUUAUCGGAGACCACUCCCACAUAGAGGAAGCAGCCAUGGAUGGCACUCUGAGAAGGAUUUUAGUUCAAAAGAACUUACAGAGACCCACAGGGCUGGCUGUGGAUCAUUUCAGUGAACGGAUAUACUGGGCUGACCUUGAACUCUCCGUUAUCGGCAGUGUUCUGUAUGAUGGCUCUGACUCAGUAGUCUCUGUCAGCAGCAAACACGGCUUGUUACAUCCACAUAGGAUCGAUGUCUUUGAAGAUUAUAUAUAUGGAGCAGGACCUAAAAAUGGUGUAUUUCGAGUACAAAAAUUUGGCAAUAGUUUAGUAGAGUACUUAGCUUUAGAUGUUGAUAAAACAAAAGGUGUUCUGAUAUCUCAUCGCUACAAACAACUAGACUUACUCAAUCCAUGUUUGGACUUAGCAUGUGAAUUCCUCUGUUUGCUGAAUCCUUCUGGGGCCACCUGUGUGUGCCCAGAAGGAAAAUAUCUGAUUAAUGGCACCUGCACUGAUGACAGCCUGUUAGAUGAUUCAUGCAAAUUGACUUGUGAAAAUGGAGGAAGAUGCAUUUUAAAUGAGAAGGGUGAUUUGAGGUGUCACUGUUGGCCUAGUUAUUCAGGAGAAAGAUGUGAAGUCAACCAUUGUAGCAACUAUUGUCAAAAUGGAGGAACUUGCAUACCAUCAGCUCUGGGGAGACCCACUUGCAGUUGUGCGCUGGGGUUCACUGGGCCCAAUUGCGGAAAGACCGUUUGUGAGGACUUCUGUCAAAACGGAGGCACCUGCAGUGUGACUGCUGGGAACCAGCCUCGCUGUCACUGCCAGCCUGAACACACUGGAGACAGAUGUCAGUACUAUGUGUGUCACCACUACUGUGUGAAUUCUGAAUCCUGCACCAUUGGGGAUGAUGGAAGUGUUGCAUGUGUCUGUCCAACACGUUAUGAAGGGCCAAAGUGUGAGGUUGACAAAUGUAUGAGGUGCCAUGGGGGGCACUGCAUUAUAAAUAAAGACAGUGAAGAUAUAUUUUGCAACUGCACUAAUGGAAAGAUUGCCUCCAGCUGUCAGUUAUGUGAUGGCUACUGUUACAAUGGUGGCACAUGCCAGCUGGACCCUGAGACAAAUGUACCUGUUUGUCUAUGCUCCACCAAUUGGUCAGGCACACAGUGUGAAAGGCCAGCCCCAAAGAGCAGCAAGUCUGAGCAUAUCAGCACAAGAAGCAUCGCCAUCAUUGUGCCUCUUGUCCUCUUGGUGGCUUUGAUAAGCACCUUAGUGAUUGGCUUAGUGCUUUGUAAAAGGAAAAGAAGGACAAAAACUAUUAGAAGACAACCUAUUAUCAAUGGAGGAAUAAAUGUAGAAAUUGGCAAUCCAUCGUAUAACAUGUAUGAGGUGGAUCAUGAUCCCAGCGAUGGAAGUCUUUUAGAUGCUGGUUUUAUGGUAGAUCCAACAAAGGCCAGGUAUAUAGGGGGAGGGUCCAGUGCUUUCAAGCUUCCACACACAGCGCCGCCCAUCUACCUAAACUCUGAUUUGAAAGGACCGCUAACUGCCGGGUCAACAAAUUACUCCAAUCCAGUGUAUGCAAAAUUAUAUACGGAUGGGCAAAACUGUCGAAACUCCUUAGGAAGUGUUGAUGAAAGGAAAGAACUACUUCCAAAGAAAAUUGAAAUUGGGAUAAGAGAGACAGUGGCAUAAUGAGUGAUACCUUUUAUAUACUGUAUAAAUGUAUAAAAUAUAAGGAUUACUUUUGUAUGUUCCAACAGUAUUAUACUUGUUUUGGCAUCAGCAUUACACUUUUUCUUUAUCUUUUUCCUGUUUAAUUGUUUUCUGAGUUUUUCUGGGUUUUAUUUUUUGCUGAUGACUCUUGACUGACCAUUUAUUUGUAUGGUAUUUUUAUGAAAAAGAACUGCACUACAGUACAAUUUACAACGAUGCUGCUGAUAUGACACACCUUUGAAUUUGUUAAAAUAACAAACAACAUAUUCCUUUGUAGUGUGAAUAUGAGCAAUCUAUUUUAUAUGAACUUUUUUGGUUCCACUUAACUACAAAGAGAAUCUCUGCACUUUUACAUUAUAUGGGCUGAAGGCUAUAAUACAAUGUCAUUUUAUUUUUCCAUUCAAAUUGAUAGAAGAAUGAUUGAAUGGUCAACCCUCUUCUUUGUACCCAUUAAGGUUGAGUCAGCUGCUGAAAAUAGAUAGCCCUCACAAGCUCAGCAUUGCCUGCUUUGAAAUUAGCCUUAGACUGCCAAGUGAUAGACAAGAAUUUUGAGGAAAAAAAACCUUAAAAAAAUAUAUAAAAUGAAUAAUUUGCAUGAACACAUAUGACUACAACAUUUUCCAAAAUUUAGUGGACUCUGUGAUAUACUAAACAUAUACACCCUGUAAACAAUAGAUAUAUUUAGGCAAUAGAACAUAGCAAAAAUAUAACUGAAAGUGGAAAGACCAUACUUUUGAUGGACUCAAAACUUUUGUUCUUUCUCAGUCCUGAGGUAAAUAGCCAGCCUAGAGCACAACAAGGCAUUGGGCACUCAUGUCUGAGGAAUUUCUUUCCAGUCACGUGCAUUUUGUGGAAGAUUAACCCAACCCCUCCCCACACAGACUCCUGAACAAUAAUAUAUAAGCACACAAAUUGAUGACAGAAUUUUAAUUACGUAAAUGCACUCUCUUUGCCAGGUCAAAAGGAAUAAGCAAAAUAGCCAGUAUAGUAUAGAGGAAUUAAUACCUAUUUUCAAUAUACAAUAUGACUGAUCCAUAUUUUCCCUGUCCAAAAUUUAUUCCUUAAGGACUUUGCAAGUUACUGAAUGACAAUUGUCUGCCCAUAAUCAAAGGUGGAGAAUAUAAAUGCUGACCAGUUACUCCGGUUUCUUUUGGUUAUGCAAAACAUAUGGACCCCAUUCGCUUUCUCUUUAUUUGUUUUCAAAGUUCGAUCCACCCAAGGAUGAUAUAUUUAAGUUGUAUAAAAAAGAUAACAUUUUUAUACAAAUAUAAACUUUAAAGGCACAAAAGAUUUAGUCACAAGGUAUGGAGGGCUUUUUGUUCCUCUGAUAGACAUGACUGACUUUUAGCUGUCAUAAUGUAUUAACCUUACAGAUGAAAUAUGUUUGUGGUUGCUCUUUAUCCCUUUGUACAAGCAUUAAAAAAAAACUGCUGUUUUAUAAGGAGACUUUUUGUUGUACUAUGUGCAUGCAUACUACCUAUUUCUAAACCUAUUUGCCAUAUUGAGGCCUUUAUAAAUGAUUGAUUUAUGUAAUACUAGUGCAAUUUUGCUUGAACAAUGUUAUGCAUAUCAUAAACUUUUUCAGGUUCUUGUUUAAGUACAUUUUUUAAAUUGAACAGUAUUUUUCAUUUUGGUUAUAAUAGUCAUUUUGCCUAUGUUUCUACAAUGAAGUGUUAAAUACUUUAUAA